AUGACUGAGAUCGUCAUGACCCAGACACCACCAAUCCUCCAUGGACCUUCCGAGAAGGAGAAGAAGUAUGAUCGGCAGCUGCGUCUCUGGGCUGCCAGCGGCCAAGCAGCCCUCGAAUCCGCGAACAUCCUGCUUGUGAAUUCUGGCACUGGGACUGUGGGGAUCGAGACCCUUAAGAACCUUGUACUCCCUGGCAUUGGGAGGUUCACUAUCGUUGAUGAUGCCGUUGUGGAUGAGCCUGAUCUCGGAGUCAAUUUCUUCCUUGACGAAAGUUGUUUGGGAAAAUUGCGCUCGCAAUGCUGCACACAGCUUCUCCAGGAACUAAACCCGGAGGUCAAAGGCGAUUGGUACCCAAAAUCCAAGGCAGCUGUCGAUCUGAACAAUAUCCUCACUACUUCGCCUACGUUCACACUCAUCAUGUACACGAUGCCCAUCAAGCCAGAGGAUCUGGCUACGUUAGAGGCGUACGGACGCCAGCAUUGCACGCCGCUUGUUUCUAUCCACACUGCAGGUUUUUAUUCCUACUUUCGAAUCAGUUUGCCUGGUGCAUUCCCGAUUGUCGACACACAUCCCGACGCCGAGAAGACAGUGGAUCUUCGUCUGACGCAACCAUGGCCUGAGCUAGUUCAGUUUGCCGAGGAGAUGACUCAGGAUAUCGAGAGCCUGGAUGACCAUGCUCACGGGCACUUGCCUUAUGUCGUCAUCCUUCUCUAUUACCUGGGUAAAUGGAGGGACGCCCACAACGGCGCAAACCCGACAGAAUACAAAGCGAAGGUAGAGUUCCGCAAGACAGUCGCCGAUGCCGCAAGAACAGACAACCCAGAAGGUGGCGAAGAGAACUUUCAAGAGGCCGUGGCCGCCGUCAACAGAAGCGUCAAGGCUCAGUCUCUUGAGCCCACACUGCGGGAAGUUUUCGACCAUGAGCUGUCAAAUGAGGCUGAGCUACGCUCCUCGUUCUGGGUAAUUGCCAACGCUGUGAAAAAAUUCCACGACAAGCAUGGGGCGUUGCCACUGCCUGGCAGCCUGCCAGACAUGAAGGCCGAAUCCAAGGUCUACGUCAAGCUGCAGAGCAUCUACAAGGCAAAAGCCCGAAAAGAUGUAUCCGAGGUGCUAGAGACAGCUAGGGCCAUGGCAGGUGGCGAGGACGUCGAUCCUGCCGAGGUGGAAAUGUUCUGCAAGAAUGCCUCUUUCGUGAAACUGGUGAAUGCGACCACCGAUGGACGGGACCUGUCCAAGAUCUACGAUUCGGAGAAAGCAAACGACGAGCUGGCCGAGGCGGUGGGAAUGCCUUUGUCUUUGAUGCCCAUCUAUUUGGCUCUCUCGGCAACAUCUCACAACGCAGCCGCCACCAUCGAUGAGAUCAAAGCCGAGGUCUCUCGCAGAAUCCCCGGGGCAGCCGAUGAUAUGCGAGUGUUGCAGGCAGCUCAGGAGGUUGCCCGUGCUGCGGGCGGUGAGCUCCAUGAUCUCUCGGCCGUUAUAGGCGGUAUGGUAGCACAGGAGGUGAUCAAGAUCAUCACCAAACAGUACAUCCCCAUCGACAACACUUGCAUAUUUGACGGCAUCAGUAGCCGGUGCCAGGCCCUUCGCUUAUGA